CUUUAGUGCGGAUUGAGCCAGAAAAAACUCCUCUUUUUUAGUUUCUCUUAUUGCUCUACGGACUGAACAGGGUCCACUACCAGUGAUUAAAGGAGAGAGAGUAAUAAAGCUCCUCUCACACAACACCACCACUUCAACAUGAUAAAGCAUUCUAAAUAAAAUUUGGGAUCUUUUUCCCCUUUGAUUUUGAUCCUUGCUUAAAAAGAUGGUGGGGUAUACGGCUUAAGCAUUUUCUUAGUGGCUUUUGGGUGCUUUUUGCUGGGAAUUUUAAGUAGAGGAUGGAAAGCAAGAUCGGUCUAAUCUAGUUAUCCCCUCACACUUCCCCGGACCCCAAUCCUUAUCUGUCGUUUUGUGGUUGAAAGUUGAAGUAAUGGUUUGAAGCAUAACAGAAAUUGAUUUGUCCUUCAAGCUCAAUUAGAAAAAAAAAAUGGUCAGGUGUCCUGAGCUUCUUGACCUGAUCUCUAGAGACAGGGAGUGGGACUUGAUUAGGAAUGGUGCUGAAAGUUCUGUGAGUGAGAACAAUAAGCUUGAACUCAGACUUGGACUUCCAGGAGAAGGGGGGCUUGUAGAAGGAAGCAGCUGCUUGAAUAGUAACCACGAAAGUGGUGAAUUGCCUCUCUCUUCUGCUGAGCUCUUUCCUUCUUGUUUGAACAUUAGAAGCAACAAAAGGGCGCUCUAUGAAAAAGCUGAAGGAAUGGCAGAGGGUGGAAUUUGGUUGAAUAGAAAUGAUGAAUUCCAACCCCACAAGUUGAUUUUCUCUGAGAAAACAGCUGAGAAGGUGUCUCCUCCUACUCCAUGCCCAAGUGCUUCCUUAUCAUCUUCAGCUUUUCAGAGGGAGGCCCAGAAGCUUUCUCUACAAUCAAAAUCUUCAUAUUUACAACACUUACUCAUGCCUCAGAAAUUGGACAAGGUGUCAGAGGAGGCAUCAAAGUCAGGCUGUUUGAAAACAGCAGAGUUCCCAUACUUAGAUGGGAAAUCAUAUCCCAACACUGUUUCAGUUCCUGCAAAUUCAUCUGAGCCACAACACUCUGACAAAAGGACUUCAGUUGCACCAGCCGUUGGUUGGCCCCCCAUCCGUUCGUUCAGGAUGAACUUGGCUGCGCCCCGCUCUUCGAAGCCCAACAGUCUUGGGUUGUCAAAAGAAACUGUGCAGGAGGAUAAUGGCUCAAAAUCUGACUGUUGUAAUGGACAAAUGUUUGUGAAAGUUUGUAUGGAUGGGGUUCCCAUUGGAAGAAAACUGAAUCUCCAAGCUUAUGAUAGUUAUGAGAAACUAUCUGCUGGCAUAGACGAACUUUUCCACUAUCUUCUUGCAUCACAAAGAAACUAUCUGGUUGCUGAAGAUGGGAGAAAGAUGGAGGAAACAACAUCGUUUUCUGAUUCCAAACAUGAAAACAGGCUGUACACUCUAGUUUAUUAUGAUAAUGAAGGGGACAGGAUGCUUGUUGGUGAUGUCCCAUGGAACAUGUUUGUUUCCACUGUGAAGAGGCUACAUGUGUUAAAGAGCUCUGCCAUGGCUACUACUGAAAUGAAGUGACAGCUGACAGGUCUUGGCAAUGUUUUAGCUAAAUCUUUCAAGUUUUGGGCUGACAAUAGCAGCAAUUUUGAGUACUAAUUGCAACAGUUUAAGUCAAAGAGUGAGAGUCAGUUGGGUUUUUCCCAUGUAGAUUUUUAUUUUCCUACACUUUACUGAUUUUUGCAGUGUUAUGAAGCUGCUACUUGUAAGCGCAGCCUUGGUUCUCAAGGUUGAGGCAACUGCAGUCGUGUGUAUAUAUUAGUUUAUAUUCUGUUUCUUCAGAAGUAUAUAAGUUUUGAUUGAGAAGUUA